AUGAGCGAGCUCGGCGCGAGGCGCGCGAUACGAAUCUCCGCGCGGGACUGUUCCGCGCGGCCGAUCACGGCCCGCGGCUUCUCUUGCUCGGCUCGCCUCGCCUCCUUCCUCUCCUCCUCUGCACGUCAGUGCUCCCGCGCGACGCAGUCCGGCCGUAAAGAUACCCCGACGAGUCGCCGAGAGCCGCUCGCACGACCCGACCGACCGUCGCCACCGCGUAGGCUCACGAGCGCGCGCCGUCGUUUCAGCGGUGCGAGUUCGCUCGACCGGUCGUCGCUCUGGACCCCGAACGAGACGCUCACCCUGACCACCGACUACGACUGCAUCUCGCGUCUGGACCAGCCAUCUCCGGCGAUCGUUCUCGAGCGCGCCACCGGUCGACCUACCAGGCGCGGACUCCUGCGCAGGUGGAUGCCGCCGUGCUGCCGGCGCUCGGCGCGCGUGUCGGCGAUCGAUGAGGCCUACCGGCUGGCUCCGCCGACGUACUCGGCGGUCGGCUUCCUCGAGCAGCCGAACGCCCCGCAGCGCCCGCCCAGCAGCCACCUGGCAGUCCUGCUGCGCAACGACGAGCCGACGAGCUCGUUCGUCGCGCGCACCCCGCCGCCCAGCUACGCCCAAGCUCAGGGCAUCGCUUACUCCCUCGAGCGGCUCAUCUCCAGUCCCGCGAGCAACACCAGGAUGUGGAGCGCGAGCCCGACGAGCGCCGUGUGCCCGAGGUGCGCGAGCCUGGUCUACACCGUCGUCGAGGCGAGGAGGGACGCCGUCGCUCACGCCACCGCGCUCGCCCUCUGUCUGAUCGGGUGAGACCGUCUGCGCCAGCUCGCUUUCAACGUUUCGUCCGUUUGAUCUCUCGUGUGCUCGAGCAGAUGCUGGCCGUGCUGCGUGCUACCCUACUGCAUGGAUUCCUGCCAGAAAUCUCACCACUACUGCCCGUUCUGUCGCACCUACCUCGGCACUUACACGCCAUGGUGAAGCUGGAA